UACAUCAAUUAUGAAUUGUUGCUUGAAAAGAGUUUUUAAAAAAGUUCUAUUUUUGUGUUCCAGUGAAAAUAUAACAGCAUAAGAGACAUUUUUGAGUGAACUUUUAUUUUAAUUUAGUUUUUUUAUCUAUUGUAUUCACACAUUUUUAUUUGAUUUGCUCUAUUUUUUAUUUAGGAUGAAACUAAAAAAUACACUGUUUUGAACAAUGAGGUUUAUGGAAUAACGAUGAGGGCCAACAUCUCCAACCUUACCAACAAUAUAGAAAUGUUCUUUACACAGAAAGAUCUGGUCGGUGAGGCAUCCUGCAGAUCUUGGGAUGGAAAAGGAAAUCUUACAUGGACAACGUCCGGCUGUGAGACAGUAAAAAUCAACAACACCAUAAAGUGCUCGUGUUCACAUCUGACGUUCUUUGCAGUGCUGAUGUCUCCUCCAGAUGUAAACGCAAACAUCACAGAUUAUGUGGAUUCAUUGAGCUUCAUCACUUCUAUUGGCUGCGGCAUCUCCAUGUUUUUUCUGUCCGUUGCUCUGUUCAUGCAUUUCCUGUUACGGAAAGCCAAAUCAAAUCAGGCCACGAAGAUCUUGAUCAACAUGUUUGUGGCUUUGUUUCUCCUGAAUUUAUCCUUUUUGUCAAACGAGAGCGUCGCCAACACAGAAGUCAAGUCUGCGUGUGUCUUCAUAGCGCUACUCAUGCAUUACUCCAUGCUGACUACAUUCACCUGGUUCUUCAUUCAAGCUCUUCAUAUGUACUUAUGGCUCAUCAGACAGAACGUCACCAUCACAAACUACAUGAGGAAGAUCACCGUGUUCGGCUGGAGUGAGUUAUAUGAACAAAACACCUUUUAUAGUGAUACUUUAAGAACAGCAAAGACCAGCAUGUCAGACUGUAAACUCGAGAUCACCUGAGAGGGAAAAAAAAAAUCAACUUUUGUGGUGUUUUUGUCCUUUUCUUGAGCUGUUAAGAGCAUCUGAAAACUUAAAAUCAAUUUAUUUCCGUCAGUGUUACUUAACAUUUUAUUCUAGUUUUUAUUCAUAUUUUGAAUCAGUUUUAAUGUAAUUUCAUAUGUUCAGUUUUCAUUUUAAUUGUAGUUGAAGUUUAAAGUAUUGUAUCUGUUUUAAAUAUUUAUAUAUUGGUGUUGUAAUUUUUUUCCAUUUUUUGGAUUUUUAAAAAGAAUGUCUAUAUAGUUUUUUUUAUUAUUAAUUUUUACUUUAGUUUUAGUUAUUUGUUGCCUUGGUAACAAAUUAAGUAUUUUUUUUAUAUGUUUUGUUCAGUUAAUAUUUAUUACAGUAACAAUUUUUAUGGUUUUGGUUUAAGUAAACUACAAUAACCCUGGUCUCGUGUGUUUUCAGCGUUUCCGACUCCUAUAGUCAUAGCUGUUGUUUCUGUAGGAGGAUAUAAAACAGUGAUUAUAAACUCAACGUCUGGAAAAAACACACAAAUGUGCUGGAUUACAGAUCCUUUAAUUCACUACAUAGUGAACAUUGGCUACUACGCUUUAGUCUUCUUCUUCACGACAGGGGUCUUCAUCAUGAUCGUCACUAAGAUUGUCCAAGCCCGACACAUAAAAGCGCCUGAUGGCAAGAGAAAGACGUUCAGAAAGCAGCUCAUGAUGGUGUUGAGUUUGUUCCUGCUCUUCGGCCUGACGUGGGCUGUGGCGUUCUUCAGUUAUGGAGUGAUGCUCAUUCCCUCAUAUUACAUCUUCACCGUGCUGAACUCGUUUCAGGGGUUUUUCCUCUUUCUGUAUUACUACCACAUUCACAAUGAUGUAGCGGGAAGUUUCUCUGAUGAUCCAGAAAGCUCCAGCUUCACCACAGCCAUCACUCAGUCCAGUUUUACAGCUUGUUAAAACGACUUACACAUAAUUUCUGAAAUUUCUGACUCUUUUUCUCUAAACUCUACACACAAAACACAUGCAAAACAUCACACUUCUCUGGCAAAAGCAAACACUUCAUUCACUGAACUGACUUGAGCUGAAUAAUGACAAUAUUGGCUUUAUACAAUCUGUAUAGUAUAAAGCACUGUAGAAAUUUCAGAUUCAUUUCAAAUUAGGUACAUUUACACUUUAAACAGAAAUGCGUGGUGGUGGUGGGGGGUAAUUUAUUUCUUUUUUUGAAACAUAAGUUUUGAUUGAACAAAUAAGGUAUCAGUGUUUCACACAUGACUGUUGGGUGUAGGUAGUCAGGAAAUGACUGACAUUUAAAUGGCAGUUUCCCAAAUGAAUCACAAGAGCUGUUAGAUCUGAGUGAUGUGUCUAAUGUAGAGAACUGUGAGUAGAGUUUUGGAAAAAGUGCUUGUUUUAAUAUUGCGAACUGUGUAAAGCAGUGAAUGGUUUCACUGAGUGCCACUCUUAGUAAGCAAUUAAAAAAAAAAAAACCUAAUGCUGUGGAAAAUAUUUAUUAUCUAAGCAUAAUAAAGACAGAAUGGUUCCUUUGACUUUCUGAGACUGAUUUGAACAGUCGUUGUUUAAAGGGAAACUGUAAAUCAAAUUUUCACUAAAGUGAUGUAUGUACAUGGUAUUGUUAGAGGUUAUUGUUAUGUAUGUUCUUGUGGGAGGAUUGAAUUGUGCUGAAUAUUAGUGAUGUUAGAUUUAUUGAGUGUUAUAAUCAUCCUGCUGUCCUGUAUGUUUCAGCAUUUCAGAGACACAAACUGAAUAGGCAUCUACUGAACCUCUUUAAAAAACAAAUUUGCAUCUUCAGGAUAAAACUAUUGACGGCUGUGGGUUCAGAUAUUUCCUUGAUCACGCAUGUGGAAUAUAUUUGGUUACUGAAAAUGCAAGAACGAAAACAUGGUGUCAAAAUCAGAUAAUGACUUUAAUGUGUUAUAUCUCUGAGAGCCUCUCAUGUGAUUGUAAUAAAUCUAAUAAAAUGUGCAAAAAAAAAAAAAAUUUAAUCAUGAUGGACUUUCAGUGGCUUUUGUCAAACUUAUAAACAUGUGAAUGUCAAGAUAUUGCCACGAGUGCCAU